AAACAAAACAGGCGUGCUGCCGCAAUCGUGUGCGGCCCCCCUUAGGAAAAUCUACGGGCCGUAAUCUGUGUUCGGUCGGGCUGUUAUGAUCGCCCAUCGCACGCCAGUUUCCUGGAGCGAAGCAGCCGUGGCACGAUGAUCCUCUCGCUGCUCAGGCUGCCGCUGGCCGUUGUCAACAGCGUCAGACAGCUUGUAUCGCAGACCUUUUUCGUGGCUGUGCUGUUCUCGGUGAUAACGUGGACUUCGAUACUGCUGUACGGUGUCUUCUACUGGAACUACAUUCCUAAAUCGUCCCACGUCUAUCCGGUGCAUCUGCACUUCGAGUCCAGAGCAUGUCCCGCUGGCUUUUGCGACUUCUUGAUGGCAAAUGUGACCAUCGUAAGGCUGGGACAAGACGAUUACCUGGCCAGAGGACAGCGUUACAAGAUCUACUUGGAUCUCGAAAUGCCGGAGUCGGAGGCCAACCAAAGGAUCGGUAUGUUCACAGUUGGACUCGACAUGAUCAGUGAAGACGGCGAAGUGUUGAAGUCUACGCACAGAUCGGGUGUUCUGCGGUACAAGUCGAUGCUCGUCAAACUCUUCUCGACGUUGGCUUACAUUCCGAUGCUCCUCUUCGGCUCGGCGGAGGAGAAGCAGAUAGUAUCGCUCCAGAUGUUUGAGAAGUACGUGGAAGACUAUACAAAGCCAGCCACGCAAGCAGGCCUGGUCAUCAGAAAUAGCCACAUCGAGGUCUACACAGCGACGCUGAAAAUAUACGCCGAUUUCACUGGAUUGAGGUACCUCCUCUACAACUGGCCACUCACGUCAGCCGUCGUGGGCAUAUCAACCAACUUCUUCUUCGUUAGCCUGGUGGCACUGCUUUCCUGGAACCACCUGACUCCAACGGCUAAGCCGAAGCCACACCGCCGUUCCUCGGCCGACAGGAAGGAGGGCGCUGAGAAGGACAAGCCGGAAGAUGAUGCCGACGAGACCGAAGAUGACACAUCUAGUGACGCCAGCAGUGGCCAGCCUGACAUUGUCAAGGAAACGAAGGAUGCCAAGAUCAGGAAGAGAAAAGAGCUGGACGAGAAGACGGGGAAAACACUGAGGCAACUUUUCGGAGCCACGUCGCACGAGAGCAGCACUAGCCUCUCUUCGUUGGGUGGUGGCCAAGAGGCAAGUGGCAACACGAGGCAGCGGACGUCGACGUGAGCCUAGAAAAGUUUCUCGGAACACUUACAUCCACGUUCUCGAACAGUCCUCGACUUGAAGCUCCUCCUCCACUCAACCGAAUUGAGCACAGCACCACCUCUAGACUAAAUGUGGCAUCACAACAUCAGUACUUGCCGUGGAGCAUCACUGAAAAGCAGCGACCACUGCAAUUGAGUGCCAGCACUGCCACUCUCUUUUUUUGUGUCAGUGGAAGGCAUAAUUGAAGAACGUUGUACAAUACCACGGUAGACACGCUGACGUGGCCGCAGGAGUUGUACGUGACCUGUGAUAGUUCCUGGUCAGUUGUACCUACACUGCUGCGGUGCCAGUUGUACUUCUUUAGUUUGUUUGUGAGAGCAUUGCCAGGUUCUGGGCCUUGUUGCGCUAUAAUUGUGGAACAGGCAUGACUUAUGUUGGCAUGCUUGAUUAUGCUCUUGCGUGUGAAAAGUAGCGGAGCUUCUCCCUGGCAUCGAUUCUACGUUUUUGCGCCACAUGGCCCUUGUUGCAAAUGUCUUCCCGGUGUACGAGUAUGACUUAUUGAAUUGUACUCGGUUACAACCUAGGAAAAAAAUGUGCGCUUUCGCCACAGCCAUUGCUGUCCCUCCCUCAGAGAAACUGCAUAAAUGCUCCAUCCAACACUGCUUACUCAUAUUCCUGACAUCAAGCACUUCUCCAGUGUUUCAGACGGUUGUCUUUCACCAUACAGACUCAUGUUUGUGUCACUGGUUUCAGGUCUGAAACUUGAAUGUUCUGGUAAAUUUUGUCAGGGUUUUUGACAUCACUGCUCAGCCAGAAGUAAUGUUCUAUGCAGUGACGACGAACCUUUAACUUUUAAUACGCAUAGUAUUUAGAUUAGCCAAGAAAAAGUUGUUACAGUAGGACCGGAAACCAGCUAGCACGAGUGUCUUUCACAGGUGAAGGGCAGGCGCUGUUCUGUGGGCGGAGCCUACAUUUUUGCUUAGGUUGCAGCAAAGCAUAAAAUGAAUGCUAUGGGUGCUGUCACAUUAGUGAUUGACAGAUGUAGCACGACUGGCGACCGAGAGACGACUUACCGUAAGCAGUGUUCACACUGGCAAGCACGACGUGCCUGUUGCGCUGCACAAAAACGUCUCGGAAUCAAUUGGUCCCGUUAACGUCUUCUUGCAGUGUGAUUGCCACACAAAAUAAGCGAGAGUGCAUACAUACAUGUUGCUGCUUCCGCAUUGCCAAUUUGUUUAGAACCUUUCCAAUUUCCUUUGUGCCACUGAAAAGUCGAGCAGGGAGCGACCGACCAAAAACAGUCAGACUCGUUCGCUGCGGUAACUCGCAGAGUUAGUAAGAUGAAUCAGUUUGAACUUUUUCAUCAAGUGAUGCCCGCCAAUGGUUUGGAAAAUGCCAGGUGGUGUCCGCUACUUUUGCACGCGGCAGGACACUGUGAAAUCGCGUUUUCCACGUGCAUAUUCUAACAGCUCUUCCAAACUGUCUCGCAAGCUCGCGUCACCUUGUGCAGUGUCGUAUCUCUGUGCAACCACAUGGUCAUUCCUUUUUAUGAGCAAUAUCUGCCUUUAUUGUAUAGCUUUGUUUAAGUCUGUGUGGCAUCUACAUUGUUUUCUUUUUGCUGUCAGCAAAAUUUAUUAGGGAUAGUAAGCCUUGUUGUAAUUUCCGUGUUGCCACAAUUGCAUGGGAACUCAGUUGUACUUGUCAAUGAUAAUGUAUAAUGCGUGUUGACAGGCUUUGAGAAUGUCACGCAUCGGGAUGUUCAUUCCAUGAAGCAUUCCUGCCACUCAUUAAGGGCCUAAACUUCAGGAGAGUAGUGCAAGCAUUAUGGCACGAUCAAAACCACACUUCUGGUUAUUCUGCAAACGUACUCUUCGCCGUCAACUGAAGUACUUUGGGCCUCUAUGCUGGAGGCAUGCUUCUCAAGCGACUGUUUGUUGCUGGAGUUAUCUAGGAACACCACUGUACAGUAACUACCAUAUAAGGGGUGGUGCUGCCACCUUUUCCUUUUUUUAGACAGUUGCAAUAAUGGCUUGGGUGAAACACAAAUAUAUAAAAAGGGCACACAAAAGGCAAACACUGAGUUACUUUGGAUCGUUAGAUUGUGCACUAUGAAACAUGUGAUGUUUGGUUUUUGCCAAAGUCCCUUGGUACUAAAGCUUAGCAACAAGUCUUAGUUACCAAGUCAGCUUAGUAACCAAGACUGGCUACCAAGCUGCUGGACUUCUCAGAGAGGGCACUGUGUCACUGCUGUAAAUAGCGCUGUUAUCAAUGAAUUCAAUCACGGUGUCCAAACUGCUUCCAUGUACAUGUACAUAUACGGGUGACCUAAAUAAUGUUUUGUUUAUAGACAGCUGACCAUGAUAUGCAAUAUUUUACAGGGCACAUUAUGUUGCAGUAGUGGCACAAAUUGUUGACGGUGUUUAUCCCCUUCAGGCAUGCAUUAUGAUGAACUGUCGAUAAAUGUGUCAAAUCUACACAAUUUUCUUCCAAGGCACUCUAUUUCUAUUGCUGGAAAAAAAGGUGUUAAUAUGUUGACUUGUGCAUUUUUUCAGUAAUUAAUUGUAAUCAGGAUGACAUCUGGUGGAGGUGCUGUUCGUUCAUGUUCCGGAUGCCCCCGUCAAGGUGCAAAAGGCGUGUCAAGUCGUGUACCCAACACCUCCACCAGGUGUCGUGUGGUUGUGACAGUGGAGAAGGCUGCAGCAAGACCGGGAAAUACGGAACUCUUCAUUUGGGUGAACUUGUGCCCAGGAAAUGAAAGCUCAAGAUACAAGCAAUACACGCUGUGCACUGUUAGCGGCAAGAACAGUCCUCAGCCAUCGAGUAAUUUGAUCAGCACUAAGGCGCGUUGGCAAUUAUACAUUAGCAUAGAAGAUUCCAUGCUUAUCAUUAGCGGCUGCAUUAGUUCCAGAAUAAGCUCUACUUGUUCAAGAAGGAUCCGUUGAUGGGCGAGUUGGUACAUGUCUUGAAAUAUACUGAGUAUGUGCAGCGCAAUGGUACGAAAACAAGAGAAGACACACAAACGACAUUGACUGGCGCUGACUUCCAACUGAUUUAUUGAAAAGCACGAAGCCCGCUUUUAUGCAUGCGCACAUGUUAGCAACAACUCAAACGCAUCAUGUAAAUUCAAUAAAUCAGUUGGAAGUCAGCGCCAGUCUAUGUCGUUUGUGUGUCUUCUCUUGUCUUCGUACCAUUGCGCUGCACAUACUCAGAAUAAGCUCUACUGUUUGUGUUGUGCACUCAAGCUUACCAGAAGAAUCUAAAACAAUUGGGAAUGUUUGACCCCCUGGCACAGUGCGCUCAAGGCAGCGGUUACUUGUGAAACGGGUCCGGUCACAUGAAAAACGGAAAAAGAAGCGUGCGUGGCAAUAUCAAUUUAUUUCAAAGUCAGCCAUUUUCUACUUUUUUUUAUAAAAGUAACCAAACCUCAAGUUCGAAAAACAUUGGCAGUUUGUUGUUGGUUAUAUCGAUUCAGAGAAAAUAAACUUAAAGUUUUGGUGUGGCUCCCAGAACGCGGAUAUCAAACAACUCGUCGAGUGUGAUGGUGUCUUCAGUUAAGUUAUCCUCUGCAGUAGCACACAAUUCAAUGGAGUUACAGGAAUGCUAGUCGUGCACUCAGAAGGCGUGUGCAAAUGUGCACGUCACAUCUCAAGCCGGUUAAAGUAAGACGCGUUGCGUGAUGUGCCUUUACAGCUGAUGUGUAAAAUGUGGCCGCUGAAGGGCUUAUGCAAGUUUCUUGCUUACAAAACUGUGUUCUAUAAAAGAGAUGCUGCAGAGACCUUAGAGCAAUAAGCCAAACUCCAGGUUGACUUCACAUCUGCGUUUAGUGUCACUAUAGAAACAUUAUCACGUACUGUGCACCACUGUUUCGAUGUGUUCACAUAUGGAUUUCACAGUAUUCGCGUGUGUUUGACCACACUGGUCACAGUUGCACGCUGCUUCUGGGUAUGCCAUGAUGGUGAUGCCUGCUGAUGUAAGGUGCUCCAGUUUAUGUAAAACUGCAGUUUAUAUACGAAUUGUGUUGAAGGUGAUGUAAAGGUGUUAAAAGUUUUACAAGCUGCUUCAGGCAAUUCUUGCUUAUUGUCCAUGUUUUAACCCUUUCAGACGCUAUGUACACAAUUGUGUACACCACUCGUUUUUGUUAAUUGUAUCCACUAGGGGCUCAGAAAGAGCAAUAUAUAUUGAGCUUUGGAUGAAUUGAACCUCCUUCAUAAUAAAUUUGUCUUCGUUUAAGUUCAUUUUGCAGCACACCGUUGCACAUGAUCGCUUUGCUGAAGGCACUACCAUUUUCGACGAGUUGUUCGACGUGCUACCCAUGUCAAAAGUAUGAUUUUUCUUUGCUCAACCUGGACAUGACCGAAAACAAACUUGCACUAUAAUUCUAGCCUGAGAUUUCAUUCUAUUUACGCAAAAAUAGAGCAUGAAUGGCUCCAGAAUAAAGAAAUAUUUAAUGACAAAAUAAUUAGGAAUGAUUACCAUAACACACAUAAAUUAACGUAUUGCAACAUUAUUUUUGUUGCAAUGUAAAAUUGAGUGCCUUGGAAUAACAUUGUGUCAAUUUGACGCAUUUACAGACAGUUCUUCAUUGGUGGCGUCUGAAAGGGUUAACCUCAAUAUUUUUUUCCUUUCACGUGCAAUGCACAUGAUUCCCCUUUGUUUCGCUUAUUUGACUAGCCGUAGAUUAUUUUGAAACUUGCAGAUUAGGUCAGAAAUGUGAAAGAUUGGAAGUAAAACAUAGUUUACAGUACCUUGUGCUAGGUCAUGCUAGUUCAUAGGGGAGCUACUGCACAAUAGUGUAGGCUGUGAUCAGUUGUUUAGUGUCAAGUGAGGUCAAAGUGAAUAGCACUUAGUAACCAAUUGUGCAUAUACAUAGCAGGAUUUGCAUAAAACCUUUGUACAAGUGUUAACCUUAUGUUGACAUAUUUUUUAAAAGUUGACUAGGUAUUUACUUGCUAAAAAAAAAAAAAGUGUAAACUAAAGGGACACUAAAGGCAAACAGUAACAAUAUAUGUCAGAGUGGAAGGUGAAUGUUUGAGAAUGCCUAAAACGUCGGUAUUAUCAACAGCAGUGCUCCACUAAUUGAAAAAUUAAGAUACAUGUUGGACACAAUACACGCCACCAGUGGAACAUUUUGGAAUGAGCCCGAUGACGUCAAGAGUCCCGAGUACAAUUAAUCACUAGCACUCAAACUAAAAAUAAUAUUCCGUACAUUACAAACGUAAUAAAAAUGCUACUUGCGCGUUUCUGUUUCAUUCACGGAAAAAAGAACUUGGUGUUACCAAGGAGAACGGUGCGGGUGGUUUAAAAGCUCCUCUCCGCUCACGCAGUCACGUUUCAGUGAUAGUUUUGUUAUCACAUACUGUUGCGUGUGCUUUGCACACUCAUGAAAGUCGCUCUAACGGCAAGUUCUACAAAAUGCCAUGUCCCUAUUACAUUGCCGGGUGCCUGAACGGUGUGCGCCGCUCGAGUAACAGCAGCUGCAGCAAAGAAACUGACGUGACUUUCUAGUGGGUGCCGCAAAUAAACCGACGUCGAAGUGGCUGAGUGCCUUGCCCCUGCGACAGUGUGCUAAGCAACCGAGAAAUCUGCGUGUGUGCUCGCUGCACUUUUGUGGAGAGGAUUACAAGAUCAACCGCAACUUAGGCAAGGCUUGUAAUGUGCCCUUCAGAGCGGAAACCGCAGCGUCGGCUGCCGGGCAGUAAAGGCGGGCAACGUUGGGCAGGACAAAUGCUGCAUCAAGAGGCGCGGGCGAUUUGAAGCGCGGACCACUGAAACACGAUUUUCUUUCAAAAUAAGCAUUUAUUUGGCACGAAACAAGCACUAUGAGGUUUCUGGAAUGUUAUUUCAGCAACCAACGUUGACUUAAAGGGAAGAUGAAGUGGUUUUAGAAUUCGGUAAAACUGUUGUUAACAAGGACCAACAUUAUUGUCGACGGUGGCAUAAUUUUUUUCGCUGUUGUGGCAGCAGGAGCUUUAAAGUACGCGAAAGCAAAGUUCGUCUUGCUCCGCCCACGCGAACGCGCCGAAAGUGUGGGCGUGGAAACGAACUAACGAGAACUACGUCAUAGUCGGUAGUUUUGGCGGAGCCACGCAUAACUGUCGUAUCUCCAACCGUGGCCUCCGUGACUACUUCCGGCUGUACGCGUUGGUGGAACUGAUCGCGAAGGCCAUGCUUUAACAUAGCUGAUGGUGCCGAUAACACGGCUCAUCGAAGAUGAUGUCGCCGCCUUCGCUCAGCAGCUCAAGAAGCCCUGCGGCUGAAGCCGCUGUUUUUUGCCAAGAAAUGUUAUUUGCGUUCACGUCUGUGAACUCUUACAUUGGUUUUCGAAUUCAGCAGGGUUCAAACUAUAAUUACACAUUCCAAAGUCAUUUUUUUUAAAAAGCGCUUCAGCUUCCCUUUAACAUUUGCCUUUAGUGUCCCUUUAAACUAAGGAGUCAAUUUAUUUUCUAAGUUUUGUUAUUCAAAUAGCUGUAUGCUGCUAUUCCAACAGAUUGCAUGCAUAAUUUAUUUCUCGUUCUAUUCUAAUUUGAGGUGCGGAUUAUUCGCGGUAGGAUGUGAUACAUUUUAAAUGUUACCAUAGUGCAUAUAGCGAUGCCCUAAAAAUUUUAUAUAAGUUUGUUCGAGGUGUGAGUGAGGUGCAAGCUUUCUCUUGGGGUGUGUGUGUCUUCACGGCAGCACGGACUUCACUGCCAUGAAACCACCUUUUUAAACAGUUUAUGUGCGAGAAAGUGUGUAUUUGUUCUUUGCAGAUACUUCAAACACCAAAAUUCAAGCUCAAGUAAAUAUCGAACAUCGUAAUAUGCGAUCAAAUAUUCACCUCAAGCCUACUAGUGUGCCAUUGUAUGUUAUAACUGAUUUACGCAUAGUGUAUAGUUUAAAGAUUUUAAUACAUGUAUGUCAAUGUGUGUUUUCGUUACUACAUAUAGUUUAUUCAACACUGUGUACAAGAGUAUUAUUGCUUUAAUCAUACUCGUAUGUUAGCUCAAGAUCAACGAUAUUGCCAAAGUUUGCAACAAAAGUCUUGCCUUCCAAGCUAUUUCAGUUGACUAAGCUUUAAAGUAGCGACAUAAUUAGUGUUUUGCAUUGCAUAUGCAAACUCUCUUUGUUGUCACUGACACCUUCGUAUAGGCGGCAAGUCCAUCACUACCACUGAAACUGUGCUUUCAGCAUAAAAAAAUAUAUGUAGGCUCCACUAUCUGAACAAAAACCUAUGAAUUUCCUUGCAGUAUGUGGUCAUAGCCUGCAAGAUUGUGCAGCACAAUGUUUUCAUAUGAUGGCAUGUGCCAGAAAUUUGAAUAUAUGUGUAAUGGGCCGCGUACAUGCCACCUUACUUCACAUUCCUUGGGUCAUAAACUUCCAAUGCUGAGUGUCCAGUCAUGCACAGCAUGAUGACUUUUUGUUCGGUGUGAACACCUGACGUAUCUAUAGUUUGAUGUCUUUAGCACAGACAGAUGGAUGUUUGAUUGCAGUAAAAUCGUUGCACAUUUAAAACGGUGCAGUUUCAUUGAUCAUUUUUCUUCACGUAUGCUAACCAAACAGAAUUUGUACUUGCAUGUUUGCGCUUUGCUUGAUCACAGUUGCCCACAGAAGUUCUCCCAACAUGCCAGUUGUGAACAAGUGUGCAUCCACAUGCGGUGCGAAUGUAUUGUUUUUUUAAUGGCUCCUGCAUACAAAAGGGCCCUAUAGAUACAUGAGCACGUUUAACGCUGAUUUUUGUUUGAGCUCUGUCAACCCUUAAUGAUGCAAUCUUAAGGUUGACUCCAGUGUCUUUCACUGGAUGUUGUGUGGUCAGCUGACCGGGCCAUUUUCACGUCACACAUGCUCUUUAUGCUUUGCAGUCUGGUCUGAUAUAUUGGGGAAUGCGUUGUUAAGGCAGUUCACCUGCUAAUUGUGUUGUUAAUUGUUAAUUGUAAAGCAGUUCACCUGCAAGUGUUGCCUUGUCAAUGCCUGCUAAUUGUUUCCUCCGUAAUCUAAUUUUUUAAAAUUAUGGUUGCGCUUUAUUUGCGUGCAUUAUUCAUUCCGCAAUUGUCGAACACUUCAGGAGCCGAUGAGCUGUUAAAAAAGGCUUGUAAGAAGUGUUCGAUUUUCUUGAUGAUGAAUGAAUGAGUACGGUAUUUUAUAUAAUAGGAAGACAAGGGUAAGAAUUUCCCGUUUGCAUUGUAUAGGUGCUGUGCAAACUCUUACGGCCAUGUUACUGGGCUGAACAAACUGACGCACCAUAUGGGAGUCAUUUUGCGUGACGAUCAGUGCAAGUGCACAACGAACAGGGACAUCAUUUCAUAGUUUAUGCAUGCAUCAUAGUAUGCGGGCCAACUUGUUCAAGUAAAAUAUUGUUCACUGUU